UGAGGAAGCAAGAUCGAAGCAAGUGGAUAUGUUGUAGCAUUUGUGUGAGACGCAGACUACAGCUCUAGCCAGUCACCACCUAAGCUUUUUUUUCAGAGUGAAGGAUGUUCAGCGCCACUCAGACCUCCAAGUCGGAGUUUCUGGACAAGGCCCGGCACGCCCGGGAGGAGCGAAAGGGGCACCGGGAGAAAGAGAGGGCGGCCACUCAGAUCCAGGCCCUGGUCAGGAGGUUUCUGUGCCGGUGCCGACUGCAGCGAGAAAUCAGGAAAGAGGUGGAUGACUACUUUCACACGAGUGACCCCGGGACGACAAAACGCAAUGCGUUAUCCAUCUUUAAGAUUGCCCGGAAAUUAUUAUUCAUACACAGAAAGGAUGAUAAACUACGGUUUGAGAAGCUCUGUCGGACCAUCCUCAGCAGCAUGGAGGUGGAAAACGAGCCCAAGGUGUGGUACGUUUCCCUGGCUCUGUCCAAAGACCUGACCAUCCUGUGGCUCAAGCAGGUUAAAGACGUGCUUUGGGUUUGCUGUGAAUACCUGAAACAAUUAAAGCCUGAUAUAAUGCAGGAUAACAAGCUGGUGACUCUGUACCUGACAAUGCUGAUAACCUUCACAGACACGUCGACCUGGAAAACAGCACGGGGGAAAGGAGAGGCACUGAGGCCUGCCUUGAACAGGAUAUGUGAGAAUAUAAUGGGACACCUCAAUCAGAAAGGACUCUACUCUGUUCUCCAGAUUCUGUUGACAAACGGAUUGGCGCGGUCCAGACCCUCUCUCUCUAAAGGAACUCUGACAGCCGUUUUCACUCUGUCUCUCAGGCCAGUCAUUGCUGCUCACUUCUCAGACAACCUCCUGAGGUCUUUCCUUUUGCACAUCAUGUCUGUCCCAGCCGUCAUCUCCCACCUCAACACGCUUACACCCGAGUGUAUGGCCACGAUCCAGUCACAUGACCUGCUGCGUAAGUUCAUCCUGUUUCUGAGCCGAGAGGAGCAGUGCUCUGACAUCUGCGUCUGCCUGGAGGGCAGCCAUACACUCUGCUUACUGGGCAAUCUGAUCCAGCUGGGCUACUUCAAUGUGAAAACUCUGGAGGAGGAAGUCAGUCACUUUGUGAAAGACCUGACGGACAUGUUGACUUACUGUCAGAGAUAUGUCUCUCAAAAGAAAUCCAACCUGACUCACUGGCACCCCGUACUGGGCUGGUUCUCCCAGACCGUGGACUAUGGUCUGAAUGAGUCUAUGCCAUUGGUCAGUAAGCAGUUGCAGUGUUUGUGGAGUGUGCCAGUCAUAUGUACUCUCUUCUGUGAUGUCCUGAGUAAGAAACUGGAGACCCAAGAACCCGCCCCUCCACCGCCUCAACAAACCACGCUUCAGAACAACCUGCCUGUCAAAAACCUCUUCAAGCGGGCCUUCCAGAAGUCGGCCUCUGUCCGGAACAUUCUGAAGCCGGUUGGGGGGAAGCGCGUGGACUCGGCCGAGGUGCAGAAGGUGUGCAGCAUAUGUGUUCUGUACCAGACCACCCUCACCACGCUGACCCAAAUCCGCCUUCAGAUUCUGACAGGUCUGACGUACCUGGACGACCUCUUGCCCAAACUGUGGGCGUUUAUCUGUGAACUAGGUCCCCAAGGAGGCCUGAAACUCUUCCUGGAGUGUCUGAACAACGACACAGAUGAGUCCAGACACCUGCUGGCCAUGCUGAUGCUCUUCUGUGACUGCUCCCGCCACCUCAUCACAAUCCUGGAUGACAUCGAGGUGUACGAGGAGCAGAUCUCCUUUAAGAUGGAGGAGCUGAUCACCAUCUCCUCUUUUCUCAACACCUUCGUUUACAAGAUGAUCUGGGACGGAAUCCUCGAAAAUGCGAAAGGGGAGAAGUUGAAUCUGUUCCACAGUGUCCACGGUUGGCUGAUGGUUUUGUACGAACGGGACUGCCGUCGGCGGUUUUCCCCCGACGAUCACUGGCUGCGGAAGGACCUGAAGCCCAGUCUGCUGUUUCAGGAGCUGGACAAAGGAAAGAAGAGAGCUCAGCUGCUCCUGCAGUACAUACCCCAUGUCAUUCCUCACAAAAACAGGGUGUUGUUGUUCAGAAACAUUGUGACGAAGGAGAAGGAGACGUUAGGUUUGGUGGAAACCAGCUCUGCAUCCCCUCACGUCACACACAUAACCAUCCGACGCUCCCGCAUGCUGGAGGAUGGUUAUGACCAGCUCCGCCGUCUGCCUGUUAAUUCCAUAAAAGGCGUUAUUCGGGUGAAAUUCGUCAACGAUCUCGGUGUGGACGAGGCCGGUAUUGACCAGGACGGUGUUUUUAAGGAGUUUUUGGAGGAGAUCAUUAAAAAAGUCUUCAACCCCGCGCUCAAUCUUUUUAAGACCACCAGUGGAAACGAGAGACUCUACCCGUCUCCGACCUCCUACAUCCAUGAGAACCACCUGCAGCUGUUUGAGUUUGUGGGGAAGAUGCUGGGAAAGGCCAUGUACGAGGGCAUCGUGGUGGAUGUGCCCUUCGCCUCCUUCUUUCUCAGCCAGGUCCUGGGCCACCAUCACAGCACCUUCUACAGCUCCAUCGACGAGCUGCCCUCGCUCGACUCCGAGUUCUACAAGAACCUCACCUCCAUCAAGCGUUACGACGGGGACGUGAGUGACUUGGGCCUGACUUUGUCAUAUGAUGAAGAUGUCAUGGGACAGUUGGUGUGCCAUGAGCUGAUUCCUGGAGGGAAGACCAUCCCCGUCACGAACGAGAAUAAGAUCAGCUACAUCCAUCUGAUGGCCCAUUUCCGCAUGCACACCCAGAUCAAAGACCAGACCACGGCUUUCAUCCGCGGCUUUCGCUCCAUCAUUAAUCCCGAGUGGCUCCACAUGUUCUCCACCCCCGAGGUGCAGCGCCUCAUCUCCGGAGACAACGCUGAGAUCGACUUGGAUGACCUCAAGAAACACACCGUGUACUAUGGAGGCUUCCACAGCAGUCAUCGGGUUAUUAUCUGGCUGUGGGACAUCCUGUCCAGUGACUUUUCUCCUGAGGAGAGAGCCAUGUUCCUAAAGUUUGUCACUAGUUGUUCCAGACCACCUCUGCUUGGUUUUGCCUACCUCAAACCACCUUUCUCCAUUCGCUGUGUUGAAGUCUCAGAUGAUCAGGAUACAGGGGACACUUUGGGCAGUGUUCUGAGGGGAUUCUUCACCAUCCGAAAGAAGGAGCCUGGGGGCAGAUUACCUACUUCCUCCACGUGUUUCAACCUCCUGAAGCUGCCCAAUUACAGCAAGAAGAGCAUUCUCAGAGACAAGCUACGCUAUGCUAUCAGCAUGAACACUGGUUUUGAGCUUUCCUAACACAUACACAAGGCUGUCCACACUUUGGACCCCAAAACUUACAGAGAGCAAUCAAACACUUUCUUAUUUUGGUUUUUUUUUUUGUUGUUGUUG